CAGCAAUAAGAGCAACCACAACAAAUCGCCGACGUGAGACAUCGAUAUUAUAAUUGUUGUUUACUUCGUCAUCAUUCGCCAAAGGCAAAGCAGAACCAGCGGUGAAACCGAAUUCUAAAACGGACGGCGCAAUAAACAGUCACUUUCUUGGCCAGCGGAUAAAUCCAAAGCUAUAAAGUGAUAAAUUAAUACUCAAGGCAGCGAUUUCAUUAUGGAAUAUACGCCUGUGCCCACCAUUCUGCCCGCCUCGCCGUUCGAUGCGACCACCGACAGCCAAGUGCUGCGGGCCGCCAUGAAGGGUUUGGGCACCGAUGAGCAGGAAAUUAUCGAUGUGCUGACGGCACGCAGCAAUGGCCAACGGCAGGCAAUCAGCGCCGCCUAUGCUGCCGAAUUCGAUCGGGAUCUGAUCGACGAUCUGAAGAGCGAGCUAGGCGGCAAGUUCGAGGAUGUGAUUGUGGCGCUAAUGACGCCACCUGUCGACUAUUUGUGCAAACAGUUGCACGAGGCAAUGGCCGGUGUGGGCACCGAGGAGUCGACAUUGGUUGAAAUUUUAUGCACCAAAAGCAAUGAGGAGAUGCAGCAAAUAGUGACGGCCUAUGAGGCGAAAUAUGAACGACCUUUGGCGGAGCAGAUGUGUAGCGAGACGUCGGGCUUCUUUCGGCGACUGCUGACGCUAAUUGUGACCGGGGUGCGCGAUUCGCAGAGCACGCCUGUGGAUGAGGUGCAGGCCAAGGAGCAGGCAGCGCAGCUUUAUGCCGCCGGCGAAGCCAAGCUCGGCACCGAUGAGGAGGUCUUUAAUCGCAUUAUGGCGCAUGCCAGCUUCGCCCAACUGCGUCUAGUUUUCGAGGAAUACAAACAGCUGUCGGGGCAGACAAUUGAGCAGGCGAUUAAGCACGAGAUGGACGAUGAACUGCAUGAUGCAAUGAUGGCAAUAGUGGAGUGCGUGCAGUCGCCGGCUGCCUUUUUCGCCAAUCGCCUGUACAAAGCGAUGGAUGGCGCCGGCACCGACGAUGCCACACUUAUACGCAUCAUUGUUUGCCGCUCGGAAAUCGAUUUGGAGACCAUCAAACAGGAGUUCGAACGCAUCUAUAAUCGCACACUCUACAGCGCCGUUGUGGACUCGGAGACUUCCGGAGAUUAUAAACACGUCCUCACCGCGCUGUUGGGCGGCGCCUAAUCUGUCAUCGUUGUGGCACUUCCGUUAUGGAAUUUUAGUGGAAUUUUAAACAUUGUUGUUAUAGUAUUGUAGUGGCCUUAAAUAAUUCGCUUUUUUAAUUUAGUUUGUCGAAAAAUGUUCGAUUAGAACGCAAAUUUGGUUGCAAUAAAAGAGUUAAAAAUUAUUUUACGGGCA